UAUCAUAAUACAGACAAGAUUCUCUUACAUGUUCAUUGUUCCAGCGUUCAAAAUCUGUUACAAGCAAAGACGGGAUGUUGUCCAAGAAUUUCUCAGAAUUGACUAGUAAACAGACAGUCUAACCGUCGAAGGGCGGUUAGAAAUGAAGAAACGGAAGCGGCCUCGGUCCCUUUCGGGCCCACCUACCCUGUCGGCACUAGAGUUCGGUUAGGAAUGGCGAAUAAAUAGAACGCGCUUGCUUGUCUGAUUAGUUAUUGACGAAUUGUGCAGCGCUGAUCCAGCUUGAGAAGCAUUCGAGUUUAUUGAUGUUGGUAAAGUAGGUUGGGGGUUAUGUUUUGUUUGAGAAGACGAAGUCUGGGUUAAGUUUAGUGAUUGCCUGAAAGUUAUAGGUUGGUGGGAUUUGUUUGUCGUCAGUUUGACGUGUAUUUGUGGUUAGGUGAGAGUAUAUAUCCGGUGUUUGUGUGCUAGAGUUAUUGCCCAGAAAAAGAAGAUUUUUGAAAUAAGAACGAGCAUAUCUAUCUAUAUAAGGAUCAAAUUAAAAAGAGAAGAAAAGAAUGUGGAGGCGAUGGUGGAGUACUGGUGGUGCAGUGAAGCAGAGCGUGUCAGCUCUUUUCAGCCAAGUUUAUGGGAGGAACACGAGGCCUCCACAUCCUUCUCAUACUCUGGGAUUGAGGGCUAUUGUUCCUGCAACAUCUUUACGCUGGAGGCCCUCAUCAUCAUCACCGUGUGCUGAUUCAAACUCUGGCGAUAGUAAUAGAAAUGACAUAUCGUUCGCGGAGACGAAGAAGCUAAUGAAAUUGGUGACUGUGGAGGCGUUGAAGAGAAAGCUGGGUAUGGAAGUGAAGGAGGUUAUCGAUUACUCGGAACUUCUGCAAGCCUGCGAGAGCAUGGGUGUCGCCAGAUCCCGCGAGGAGGCCGCUGCUUUCGCCCGAGUCCUUGACGAGGCCGGUGUCGUCCUUCUGUUCCGCGACAAGGUCUACCUUCAUCCCCACAAAGUGGUGGAUCUGGUCAAAAGAGCGGUGCCCUUUGCUCUGACUUCUGAAGACGAUCCCGCGAGGGAUGAGCUAAAGAUGCUGCAGGAGGAGAAGGAAAAAAUUGACGUGGUAGCACGUAAGCAGGUCAGGCGCAUCCUCUGGUCUGGGUUGGGGUUUGCUGUGGUACAGGUUGGGCUCUUAUUUCGGCUCACAUUCUGGGAAUUUUCAUGGGAUGUAAUGGAACCAGUUACAUUUUUUACAACCGCCACUGGCAUAGUCAUAGGUUAUGCUUACUUCAUGUUCACUUCAAGAGACCCCAGUUACCAAGACUUGACAGACAGGCUCUUUCUCUCAAGGCAGAGGAAGCUGUGUAAGAAGCACAACUUCGAUUGUGAGAGAUUCAAAGAGUUGCAGAAAAAGUGCACAACACAUAUUGAUGCCACUGCUUCUAUUAAAAAUCGAACGGCACCGGAAAAGGAACUGGAACUAGAGGAUGCUUUACACAGGGACUAGCACUUUCUGGUGGAUUAAUUGACCUUUUUUAACUGGAGUUAAUCCACCAGAAACGACUUGCUUUACACAGACUAACAUUUUCUGGCUUCUUUCAGUAUUUGGCACGCUCAUUUAUGCAGCUUCAACGUAAUCAAAAGCGAAUUAUGGCAGAUGUGUACUAUUGAAGGUUUUUUAGUUCUCUUCUAAACCCCAAACGUGUUGCAUAAUUUGAGUUCUUUUUUGUACGCUGUUAAUCUUAGCCCAGCUAUUCCAAUAUCAUCUGACUGGCCUAUAUAUCAAGUAGUUGUGAGUUUGCAA